AUGCAUGCAAAACGACUACGGCCUAUCUACGCAGACACCGAUUCCUCUCUACGAACAACCCGACGUCGGGGUGGGAAAUACAACUCAACACGCGUCUCAGCGCGAUAUCGAAAGCAUGCAAGGACACUAAUUGCUGCGACUUGCAGCGGUGACCGGGGUUGGGAGGAGGGACGUGAGUCACGGCCGGGGUGGUGUGGGAGAGAGGAGGGGAGUGCGGGGCGGGCUGAGGCGGAUGGUCGGGGGACGAGACAGGCUUUUGGAGCGAGACUGGCGCGAAGUCACAUGGUUGAAAGUUGA